AUGUCUCUAAUGCUCUCCGAUUUUCUGGCUCCCCAGCCCAUGACCGACAUCUUUACCGAUGAUACAAACAUUGACAGACGAAAGUGCCACCGCACAGUACCUAUGAAGGUCCUUGCUCUGGGCGUUGGUCGCACUGGAACUGCCUCUCUUCGCAAGGCCUUUGAGCGACUGGGCUAUGUCAAGUGCUACCACAUGAUGUGCGCAAGUGUUGAGAACCCGCCGGAUUGCUUGAUGUGGCACGAUGCCCUAAACGCGAAGUACAACGGAAUUGGCGAGUUCAGCCGCAAGGAAUGGGACCAGCUUCUGGGUGACUGUCAGGCUGUCUGUGACUGGCCUGCCUGUGCUUUUGCAAAAGAGCUGAUCGAGGCCUAUCCCAAUGCGAAGGUCAUCCUGACUACCCGUGAUGUCAACCCGUGGCACGCAUCCGUCAUGAAGACUGUCUUCUGGCGCAUCUCAGACCCAGAGCACAAGUUUGUGUCGAACUUCAGCUGGGCCGCGGGCAUGUACUACCCUAUGCUGAAUAAGUUCUUUGAGACAUUUUUCCGUGGUGACUUUCCCGGAAAAGGCAAGCAAGUCUACGAGGAUCAUGUCGCCCAGGUCCGCAGUUUGGUGCCCCCCGAGCGUCUGCUUGAAUACAACAUCAACGACGGCUGGGCCCCACUCUGCGAGUUCCUCGAGGAGGAGGUCCCUGACACCCCCUUCCCCUGUGCAAAUGACACGGCUGACUUUAACAAGCGUUGCAGCACCCGCAACCGUCACCAGAUGAUGAACGUUGCUCUCCAGGCUGUCACUCUGGGGGGUUCACUGCUUGCCGCUGGCUUCGUGGCUACUUUGGCUUUCAAAUAUUUCUCCCUUCGCUAA